AUGAAGUACCAACUUUUACUGGCUAAACGUUAUUUCAAGCUUAAAUUUUCUUGUGUUAUACCUUAUUUCCAGCUAUGUCGACUAAAGAAACCUUCCAAGUUGCCGCGGACUUCAGUUCCGGUAAUUCAACAGUGCUUUUCUAUAAUGAGUCAUACGGCAUCGGGCUAUUCGGACCUAAGCUUCCCCGCACCGCCGCCGUCGACGCCGGAUUUCUCUUUUGUCAAACACCAUUUGUCACCAAAGAUAGCUUCAGUUGACUGCGGCUGCCGAGCAAGAUCAUACAGAACUCAAUAUAUAUCCCCGGACGUUAGUUUUGAGUCAACUCGGUUGCAGAAGACGGAAAAAGCUCAGAGUUCUAAACUUCAAUGGAGAACAUAUGAAGCAUCGGCUUCUGAUGAGACUAAUGGGAAGCACAAAGUCAAUAGCAAGGAAAAGAAGAAGGUGAAAGUAAAGGCGAUGGCGACUGUGUCGUCAACUGAGAGUGGAUGUUUUAGUAGCGAAUUAGGUGGCGAAGAUGAAGAGACUGAAAUCCUAAUUUCUAAUUCAAGAAGCUUCUCUGACGGUUCAUCUUUUGAGUUGAAUCAAUCGUUGGCCGAGGAAGACUCUCCCACGGAAAUCAAGAGGAACAAGAAAAAAGUUAACGGUAAGAAGAUGAAGAGACUAGGAAGCUUUGGUUCAAAGAAAUACGAAGGAUCGUUAGCAGAGAACACUGAAACUCCAUGGAGAGGUUCGAUUCUGAAAAAGACGAUGAUGAUACCGCCGUGCAAGGCGGAAGAGAAGGUGGCGGAGAGCGUUGCGGUGGUGAAGAAAUCGGAAGAUCCUUAUGAAGACUUCAAGAGGUCGAUGCUGGAAAUGAUAAUGGAGAAACAUAUGUUUGAAGCAAGAGAUUUGGAGCAACUUUUGCAGUGUUUUCUUUCUUUGAAUUCAAAGCAACAUCAUCGGACCAUUGUGGAUGCUUUCACUGAGAUUUGGGAAGCUUUGUUCUGUGAUUACGCCAUGAAUGUCCAGUGAGAGAAAUAAGCAAUUGAAGCUUGCUUACCACUAGUUUGGAGCUGGUGAGGACUAAGACCUAAUUUCUCAUGAUAAUUAACGAUUCAUUACCGAAUUCUGAUAAUUUUAUGUUUGAUCUUUAAAGAGUUUGAUUGAAUUUCUCAAGUCACGUGAUCAAGAUCAAAGAUAAAUGAAACAGGCAACCUACAUGGAAGAAAG